UUUGUCAACUGUCUGCUAUCUCCCACCCUCGAUGGCAUAACCAUUAUAAUUAGCCGCCUACGAAUAUUACGGGGGCUCCAGCUCCCAGUACCACCAAAUCUGCCUCGAAUGAUCAGAUUAUUUCACAACAAAAAUCAUAACAAGUGGCACAUCACGAAAGUACCUUUCAGGGUGUCAUCAGUGAAGUUUUUUCCAGAAUAAGAAGUGUCGUGACAGUUAGAUACCGAGUUUGAGGAAUAUGGUUAUAUUUAGUGCAUGACGUCUAGUCUUCCUGAAGCGUUACAGGUCCACCCCCGCUGCUGCAGCUGUAAUUUCUAUUUGGAGCAGUUCAUUGUUUAAAAGAAGUUGAGACUAUUGAGGUGAAAAAUGGAGGAUAUAUUCCAGUGGUGUCGGGAAGGAAAUGCAAUGCAGGUUCGGGUUUGGCUCGAUGAUACUGAACAUGACAUGAAUCAAGGGGAUGAUCAUGGAUUCAGUCCGCUCCAUUGGUGUGCGAAAGAGGGCCACUCGAAACUAGCAGAACUUCUUGUUAGCAGAGGUGCGAGAAUAAAUGCCACUAAUCGAGGUGAUGACACUCCUCUUCACCUAGCCUCUGCCCACGGCAACAGGGAAAUAGUACAAUUGCUUUUACGCAACAGAGCAGACGUCAAUGUUACUAAUGAGCACGGUAACACGGCUCUCCACUAUGCCUGCUUCUGGGGGGAUCAAGCAGUCGCUGAGGACCUGGUCGCAGCUGGGGCACUUGUUUCCAUUGCUAAUAAAGAUGGGGAUACCCCCUUGGAUAAAGCAAGAGGACCUCUAGCCAAACGUCUCCAUGAUUUGGCGGUGGAGUUCGGCCAAGAUCUGAAGAAAAUUCAAUUCAAAGAUCAAAGUUGGCUGGGAUUAAAGACCAGAAGUCGUGAUGCAACUCUAUCCCGACAUAAGGGGAUAAAUAUGGCUGAGCUGUCAUUGCACACUCACUUGGCAAGCACCCCAAGUGGUGAAACUUGGCGUGGACGGUGGCAAAAUAACGACAUUGUUGCUAAAAUCCUCAAUUUAAGAGAGUGCACAGCUCGUAUAUCUCGUGAUUUCAAUGAAGAAUUUCCAAAGUUGAGAAUUUUUUCUCAUCCCAAUGUCCUUCCUGUCCUGGGUUGUGUCAAUCAGCCACCGCAGCUAGUCACGGUGUCUCAGUAUAUGGCAAGGGGCAGCUUACAUCGUCUCUUACACGGUGGUACGGGCGUUGUUGUUGAUACAGCACGUGCACUGAGACUAGCACUCGAUGUUGCCCGAGCCAUGGCUUUUCUCCACGGUCUCGAGAGACAGAACAGAUGUAGAUUCCACUUAAACAGCAAACACGUUAUGAUCGACGAGGACCUCACAGCUCGUGUCAACAUGGCAGAUUCAAAAUUUUCAUUCCAAGAAGUCGGGCGAAUUUAUGAACCAGCAUGGAUGUCACCAGAGGCACUCAGCAAACGUUCCUCUGAUAUUAAUUUGGAGGCCAGCGACAUGUGGAGCUUUGCCGUUCUAUUGUGGGAACUGGCAACUCGCGAGGUGCCAUUUGCUGAUCUUUCGCCUAUGGAGUGUGGAAUGAAGAUUGCGUUGGAGGAUCUACGCGUGGAAAUACCUCGAGGAAUUUCACCUCACCUCGCUAAGCUCAUUCGUAUUUGCAUGAAUGAGGAUCCAGGUAAACGCCCCUCUUUCGACAUGGUCGUACCGAUUUUGGAUAAAAUGAAGCGUUAAUUGUGCCAAUUAUAUUGAUGAAAAAAAAAACGCACAACUUCAAUGGUGUUCAAUAAAUCUAACUCGAACUAAUAUAGACUAAAGAUAUAUAUGAAGGAAGUGGUAGAAUAACAUAGGAAAUUAUUUUUACGAUUAUGAAAAUCGCUGGUGCUCUACCCAUUUUUUUAUCACUAUUUCAAAUAACGAAAUAAUUCAUGUUAUAUUUUUUAUACAAUGUCCUCUCGAACCUGACCAGAACAGAAAUAAAUCCAGCAAUGAUUGUGCCUUAAUAUGAUCGAAGUGAUCAUAAGCAGAUCAAUGAAACUGAGUAAUUAAUCGAUAAUCCGUUGAUGUUGGUAUUUCAUAAAUAUAUUUAUACCAAAAAUUUGGUCCUUCUAAAAAAGAUAAUUAGAAACAUUAAAAAUUUAAUUACUGAGAUUAAUUUUAUUAAAUCAUGAUGAUAUUUCAUGACAAUGACUGACAAAUCACUGUCGUUUUUAUACAUGUAUGUUGGAGGUUGUUUAAAAAUAAAUCUUCAAUUGUGGCUAAAUUUACUUCUUGUAUUUGAUGUUGGAACGCCCCCUUUCUCUCGU